AUGGUUCCUCAAGGCCGCUUUCCUCUGCCUCCUGAUUAUUUGUCUAUUUUGGUGGAGCAGAAUUCGGAGUCACAGCGGCGUUUCGUCCCGUUGUCCCUCCCGGCUGAACGGCAGCUCCUUCCUGAUGUGGCCAGUCGGUGCGACGAAUGCGCCCCCUUCCUGGUCCUACUGGUCACCAGCUCCCCGGGUCAGUUCGAAGCUCGAUCGGUCAUCCGCCAGACUUGGGGGAGUGAGCGGUGGGUUGGCGGAGCCCGGGCAGUCACCUAUCUCCUGCUGGGACACGGAAGGCAUCAGCAGGAUUGGAUUCAAAGGGAGGGUGACAUGCACCGGGACAUCAUCCAGGCUGAUUUCGAUGACACGUACUACAACCUGACCCUCAAGGUGCUGGUGGGUCUCGAGUGGCUCUGCUGCUACUGUCCCUCCGCCGCCUUCGUGAUGAAGACCGACUCCGACAUGUUUGUGAAUACCGACUACCUGCUGGAGCUCCUCUCCCGCGCCCCCCGCAGCAGCUUCGCCACCGGGGCCAUUUUCAGAAGCAUGCAGCCGUUCCGCCAGAAACAGAGCCGAUGGUACAUCAGCAAGGAGGUGUACCCUGGGACAAGGUACCCACCUUUCUGUUCCGGCACCGGCUACGUCCUGUCCACCGACGUGGCUUGCGGCGUGUGGAACCUCUCCGGGACCGCGCCGAUGUUCAAACUGGAGGACGUCUACGUGGGGCUGCGUCUCGCGGAGCUGAAGGUAAAUCCGGUGCCAAUCCACUCAAAGCCCGUGUUCUUCUACCACAAGGUACCGUAUUCUGCCAGCACCUACCGGCGUCUCGUCACCUCGCAUCACAUAACGAACUCGGAGAAGCUGCUCUACUGGCGAGGGGUUCAGGACUCGGACAGUAAGGAGUGACCUGGGGAGGCGUGACGGAAAAGGUUUUACAUAUUCUGCCCCUUUGAAGAGGGGGCGAGCUUACAUCUGCACGGUUGGUGGUGGGCAUUUGAGGGA